CGCUCUGUCUAAGUGGGCUCAGGGCCAGGAGUGGGGCUCAGGCAGAGAAACAUGGGCUCAUAUAUUUAAAGCUGGGAAGGACUUUAGAGGAUUUGACAUGGGAGGAAACUGAGACCCAGAGAGGUCAAGUGGUACCUUGAAUUGGGAGCCCAGAGAAAGAGAUGGGGGUCUGUAGAAGAGGCUGGAGCUUGUUGAGGACUAGUGAUGCCGUGAGAGAGAAUGAGGGCUCAGGAAGAGAGAUCAAGGUCACCCAGGGGAACAUGGAUUAAGAGCAAUAACGGCGGUGGGGGGGGAAGGGGGGGCUCUGGAGUCAUUGAGUUCAAUUCUUUUGUUUUACUGAGGAAGAAACUGAGGCUGAGAAAUGACGCGACCCUUCACAUUUCUGUGGGGCUGCCCAGGCCAGUCCUCAGCUCCACGCCUGACCCCCAGCCGACACCACGGAGGGCCCUCAGGAAGCUCGGGGGAGCCCGUCCUGUCCCCUGGACGGGGCCUUCUGGAUCCCCCGGCCUCCAGGCGCCCCCCCCAAGGGCUGCUUCACCUGUGUGUCCAAGCCCCCAGCUCUGCAGCCUUCGGCUGCCUCGGCAGCUGCACAGGGCCGAGCACCCACCCUGUGUCCCAUGGAGGCCAAGAGCUGCAAGGCUGACAGUGUCCGGACCGGCACAGGCUCGGGGCCUGGCAAGCACUCGGCAGAGAAAAAGACCAUGACCAACCCCACCACUGUCAUCGAGAUCUACCCUGACACCACUGAGGUCAACGACUACUAUCUGUGGUCCAUCUUCAACUUCGUCUACCUCAACUUCUGCUGUCUGGGCUUCAUCGCUCUGGCUUACUCCCUGAAGGUACGGGACAAGAAACUGCUGAAUGAUUUGAAUGGAGCUGUGGAAGAUGCCAAAACGGCUCGUCUCUUCAACAUCACCAGCUCAGCUCUGGCUGCCUUCUGCUUAGUCCUCAUCUUCAUUUUCCUGCGGUACCCCCUCAAUGACUAUUGAGGGGCGGGGCCGUGAGGCCCUUGACUUGCCCCCUCCACCCCAUCCCACUGACUUGAACUGUCAGGGGGAGAAGAGCGUUUGCCUUGGACAAUUUUUACAGGGGAAUUAAUCAUUUAAAAUAUUUAUUUUCAAUAUAAAAGGGACAGGGUGGAAGGGGUGGGGGAAGGGCAGAGAGAGUCACGGAGGGACAGCUGGGGGAAGUCAGGGUGGGGUGGGAGCCCCAUUCAAUCCUCCAUGUGGCUCCCAGGCCUGCUGAGUCCAGGCUGAAUCAGGGCUCAGGGACACCAGAAUGUGCUGGGAAACAAGAAGAGGGGAUGAGAUGGGCUAUAGGGGGCUAUGCCUUCUGUCCCACAUGCUAGACAGAGCCCUCCCCAGUCCAAAGCCUCACCCCCAGACCAACCUUCUCCUUGAGCUAGUGCUUCAGCUACACCCACCACCCCAGCAACAACAGCCUGGCCUGUCAGCACUUGUGCUCCCCAGCCCUCAUAUCUCCUCCCCCCCCCCCCCCCGCCCCGGCCGCUGAGUACAGCCACUAGUGAGGGGCCAGAGCUGCCUUGGGGCAGGGCAGGAUGGUAACAGAGCUGCUCGGGCUACCUGCCCACCCAUCUUCCCCCAGCCCAUUGCCCUGCUUAGAGUUACUGAGACUGGGGACUUUCCAAUGAAAUGCCUCCCUCAUCACCCCAAGAGCCUGAUUUUCAGGUUGGAGCUGGAGAUGAGGGGGUGUGAGAGCUCCUGACAUCUAGUCCUGGCUCAUGUCCCCUCCCAACCAUUAGAGACCUCCCAUGUUUAUGAACUCAUCCAAUGAAUCUCAUGGGUGUGCUUGGGAGGGUGGGCUGCGGGCCAGUGAGGGGCUCCCUGUUUGAUUGGUGAGGAAACAGGCCCCAUUAAUGAGAGGGCACCAAUGCCUAAUAACCAAUCAAGAGCAUUUCCUGGGUGCCUGCCCAGUCCUUCACCAAGUGCUAUGGGCAGGAUGGUUCCUGCUUGGGGAGACGAGACUCACACGUGGAGAACAAACCAGGCUAGAAGGUUGUUGUGACCUAACCUUACUAUACUCAAACACUGUGACUUGAAAUUCUGCGUGUGCCUGUGUGUGUGUGUGUGUGUGUGUGUGUGUGUGUGCUUGUGUGCAUGUGUCUAUCUGUCUGUCUGUCCAUGCCUGCUCCCGUGUGUCUGCCUGGCUGGCUCAUUGCUUCUCCAACUGGCCACUGCUUUGGCUCUGUGUCUUACUGUCUCUGUGAGUGUCCCCCUCUCCUCCUGUGUUUUUUGCAAGCAGUGCUGGACUCUAAAGGGCUCUGAUUUUACAGUUAGAAGACUUGGCUCACACUUACUAGCAGUGUGGCCUUGGUUUGUUUUUGUUUUUUGUUUUUUUAUUUAGCAGUGUGGCCUUGGACAAGUCUUUGCCCUCCCCUGGGUCUCAGGGUUCCCCUUUGUCCAGUGAGGGAGGGUAGGACUGCAUGGUCCCUCCCAGCUAAGACAGCCUUUGGCUCUGAGUGUGACAGCCCAUCGGAGGCAUGAGGUAAAUAAUGAAACUGAGAGAGAGCUCACCAUUCAAAGAAAAGCAAGCAAGGCCCCAGGCCCUGGGGGAGAUGGCUCAGCCCAGCUUUGCUAACCCGCCGAGUGAGUCGAGGCAGAAUGAAGGAGCAGCCCGCAGAGUCUUCACCCUUGCUGCCUAUUCCCCUCCUCUCCUCUCUCUCCAGAAUCCCCUCCAUGUGGGCUGGGGAACCCUCCUGCCACUGGCUGGGCUGAGGCUAAUCCUGGGAGAGGGAGGUCAAGGGGAAAGAUUGCAUUGGAAGGCUACUGCAGUCUAAAGAAACAGGAGCAGGCUUGGGGCUGUCUGACCCCUCCUGCUGAAGCCAGGUGGCCAAGAGCAGGGGCCGGUCUUCCUCUAGAGACAAACCAACACAAAAGGGGCAGGGGGGCCGCAGCUCCCACAGCUGGAGCCACGGGUGGGGCCACGGGUGGGGCCACGGCUGGAGCCAAAGCAGCCCCUGGGUCUGGGAGGGUGGAGGGGAUAAGCCCACUGACUGGAAGGUCCUGAGCAGAAGGCCCCUGUGCUCAGAGUCCUGCAUCCAGGGCCAACCUGAGCUUGACCCUUUGGUUAGGGGUGAGGGUAAGGGUGGGGAUGGGCAUGCUAGCGGAGUCUUUGGUCUGCAAGCAGGCCAGACCAACAGUCACUCCCAGCCUCUUCCUGAGGCACGGCCCCAAGCUAGGUCAUGACCUUGCCCUUGGCCCCCCUCGCCUCUUCAUCCACUUGCCAGCUCCCACCACUGCCAUGCUCCAAAGGGUCUUUGUUCUGGUCAUUCCCAUACCCCUCUUCUCAAUUGGUAGGGAGGGGCACAAUGCCUGCUCCUACCAUAUUGGGCUGAUACAUCUCUGAGCUGGGCACCAGGGGACCUGGCUUUGUGUCCUGGCUCUGCUAUGAUUCACUAUGUGACCUUGGCUCAGUCCUUUCCCUUCCUCUUGUCUCUCAUUUCCCUAUGCCAGGCUCAGGGGUAGAAGUGGGAGCCGGGGUGAAGGAGGGAGGAGCAGGUGCCCCGACUUGUGGUUCUGAGCUAGUAUAGUGACCCAGGGGCUCUUUAGGGGGUUCCAGGUCCUGGGGGCAAGAGGAAGUCCCCCCCGAAUUACACAGACCCCUGAAGCAUGAUGGGGCCCAGGAUGCCUGCCCACCUUCUCCAGGCCUGGCUCAGUAGUCACCUGCUCCAGGAAGCCUGCCUCAUUCUUCUGUGGGUAAAGGGGAGCAAGGGCUCCCUGCCUGGGCUCUCCCAGCUGUCCCUCAGGCACCCCCCUGCUGCCUUUGCUCUCUGCACUCAUACUCUCCCUCUCAACUCAUCUUGGCCUUGAGCUCCCCCUCCCCCAAUUAGAUGCUGCUCUGCUGACAGGACCUGUGAACUCUGCCUUUGUAAUCUAACCUCUUGCCCAGCCCAGGGUCUAGCACACACUCGGUGACUAAUAAAUGUUUGUCUAACUGAACAGAAUGGAGCUUUUCUGUCCCAUAGUGGAUAUGGUGAAGGGCACAAGUUUGGGGGCUCUGGGGGCCCAAGGGAGGCAGAGCACCUGCUCAGGGGCCUAUCCAGGUUACAAAGUCCUGCCUGCCCUGCUCCCUGGCACCCUGCGUCCUGCCCCGCUGCCUCACUCCACCUGCUCUGGCCAGGCCCUGUCGACCCUAUGUGACCUGGAGCCCUUCAACCCUUCCUGAGACUUGUUUGUAAAUGGAACCCAAACCAAGAUGGGAGAUGGUCAACUCCUUUCUGCUGUUAUUACAGAUCCGCUUCCCAUCAUAUCUCCUACUGAGCAUCCCCUCUGCCCCUACUCCCUGCUCUCUGGGACCUGGGGAAGAAGGUGGGACUCAUUGGAAUCCAUUGCUUGGGGUGCUCCAAAGGGUCUUUUAUGUGAUUUUCCUUUCCUUUUUUGGAGGUAAAAAAGGCCAAAUGAGCUGAAUUCUGAGGUUCCCUAGAUCAUCCCUAGGUAAAGGCAGGAGCCAAGGAGAGAAGCCCCCUAGACUGGGCCUGAGCUUCAGAAACUAAGAGUGUGGGCCCUGGUAUGGGGACACAGAAGGGAGACAGGGCAUAUCUUGAGGCUGCCUCACAUUCCUGCUUUCCCCAAAGGCAGAUUAGAACCAAGUGGCUAUCUUGUUCUCUGUUUGUCCUUUCUUACGUCCUUCUUUCUAAAGGCCAGGAGGCAGCUGGAACAAGCCCAAGGCUUUGUCCACUCCCUGUCCUGGUGCUGGUAUUCACCUGGGGCAGCUAAAUAGUGCCACAGAACACAGAUGCUCAGCCACCAGUCAGAAAGUUGAAACCUGUUCUCAGACACUAGCUAUGUGACCUUGGGCAAGUCACUUA